AUGACGAAUUUAAUUAUUAAAAUUAUUUUUAUCGCAUUUAAUAUACUGAUUUUAUCAACCACACAUGUUACUUGUGUUUUUAAUAUUGAUGAUCAGAAAUUUGAGUUGAUAGACCUUAAAAAUGUUAAUACUAAUAAAUACAGUAUAAUUUUAUCCGAAAAUGACCCCAAUGCGGUUAAAAUAGUUCCAAAGAAUGAUAAUUUCGUUGAUAUGGUAUUGAUCUCUGAUCAAGUCUUAUGGUUAAAAAAGGGAGCCGAAAGAUGUUCUGAAAUUUUACUCACCAAAGUUGCAGAGCAUCAUGUAUUAGCUUCUUUAAAAUUGGUAUAUAGAAAGAAAUAUUCAGUCAUUAGUUUUGCUAUAGACCAUGAUACUAUAUUUGACACUGGUAACGUAUCUUCCUUUUUAAUACUAAACGAUAUUUAUCAAGCCGCCACUCAAGAAGCUGAAAACAAAAUUUCAGAAGAUAAGAGUGUUAAGGGCUCUUACGAAGAAUCUGAAUUGUAUGAAUCAUUUAAUAUCGGUUGGGAAUUUGACAAGUUGUAUUUCUUAAGUACUGAUGAACCUGGUUCAAAAUUCUCAAAGGUUUAUGAACCUGUUGGCGGGGUAAAGAUCAAUAAAAUUUUCCAUUUCGGAAACCUUGUUUGCGAGGCCUCAAAGGAUGAAAAAAGCUUUGUAAGGAUUGAAGUUAAUAGUAAUGAUACUAGUGAAACUAUGUUUCUAUUAGUCAAGGCAGAAAACGAUACUACCAAAUAUUUUAGAUUCAAUAUAGACUGGGUUGCUCUUAGUAGGGAGAAAUACUACAAAUUUUUGGGUGAUUUUACUAAAAAAUUUGCUCCAGUCGACUCUGCUGAUUCAACCAGCAAAUCCGAUAUUAAGGAAGUUACUUCAGGCGUAGAUCAAGAGAAUUGUCUUCACAUUGUUCGGGAUGGCUUAUAUCCUUCUAACUUUGAAAAAUAUUCAUUAAAUCUUUCAAAUAUUAAAAUUAUAAGGCUAUCUCCCAGAGACAUUUCUACAAUUCCUACUACAAAGAAACUCAAGAUUUGGGGUUAUGAAAUUGGUUUGAGAAAAGAAUUUCAGGUCACUGAAAUAUUUUUAACAAAGAUUUCGGACAAAUCAAUUGUUGUUGAGAUAUCUAUAAGGCAUGAAGGUGUAAGGGACAAGAAUCUUUGCUUUAUUAGAACUUCAGGCAAUGGGAAAUUUUCAGUUAUUAGUGAGAAGGACUUGUUUGACAUGUUUUUGUCUGAUUUUAUUAAGAACGUAAAAAUGGAAAAAUUAAAACACUUGUCCAUGUUACCUAACAUAAAGGGGAAGGAGAUUACCAAAUUACCUAAAGAGAUUUUGGAUAUAAUUUUGCCUGAUCACUUAUCAGGUACUGAUAUUGCUACUCAAACUGAAGAAUUUUAUACACCAACUCAUAAAAAAGGUGCCAAAAUACAGCAUACUUAUGCACCUAAACAUGAAAUGCACACUCAAACUGAACCUAUUGUCGAACCUACUGUGCAAGAAACUAUCCCAAAGACAAAAUUAACCCACAAAGAUGACUCUAAAAAACUAUCAACUAGUGGUCAUACUAAAGCUAAACAGUCUGUAAAAGAGGAAAGUCCAGCUCAUUCCAAGACGGACUCAGUUGACAAAAAGAAGUUAAGGACAACUAAGAAAAGCGAGGAGUCAAGCUUCUUGGUUAAUAAAGAUAUGAUUUUCUUUAUUAUUUCAUUAUUAAUUUGUUGA